AUGGAGCAUCAGGAGCUUGAGCAAGAAGCCAUCGGACCGGCUCUUCCACCACCGUCAAUUGCUCAAAAGUCGGAGCUCUUCGAGGAGCACAACGUCGAGUGAUCCGAUGUGCUCACAAGCAUGGCUACCUCGUCCGCAACAUGGAUCUCAACAGCUUCCACUACGAUGCGGCAAGCCGUCACCUCUUCAUGGCGGACAUCUCGUCUUUGGUCAAGAACACUUCUGGUGAUGAUGGAGCUCCGAUUGCUAGCUACGCUGGCUGCUUGGAUUAUGCUCCGUGCAGUGACGAUGGACUAGUUGGCGCCCGGCAGGAUCUCGAGUCAUGGUUCUACCAGCUGGUUCACCUGGUGCUCGGCGAGCUCCCAUGGGGAAGUCUGAGCCGCGAAGAGGCUCGAGUCAAGAAGGCCGAGUUCCAGAAGAGAAAGGAGUUCGCGGAGCUUCCAGAGGUGUUCCACAAGAUUGCCGAGGUGGUUUUCGCCGAGGAAUACUCGGUUGUCGAGGACGAAUAUGUCAAGUUGGCAGGGCUCACGGAGCAAAUCUACAAGGAGCUCGGAGGUGUGAUGAAUCACGAGGAGAAUAUGGAUUUCGAGCGGGAGCCGACGCCGGAUGAGAUUCCGCGUUUUGUGAUGUGCCGUGACGAUGAGAUUCCGACGAUUGCGGAGGAAGAGGAGCCGGUUGAGGUGGAGGAAGAGAACUCGGAAUAGAA